AUGAUCUGGCGCGUUUGUCUAUGGACCUUGACGCUGCUAACGCUUACACAACCACAACAACAUACGGCACAUGCGACUUUUAUUCAACAUCCAGUCAUUGAUCUCGAGCAGUUGCAACAAAUAGGGAUUGCAGGACCCUAUCGAGGCAUAUCGCUGUAUACAGAUACUCGACAAUUGACUGAAUUACCACAUUCUACCGCGUCUAUCGUCUCUUUCAGCAAUCAAACAUUCGAGCUACUUGCAUCUACUUCUACUCAUGGAUCGAUCUAUGCAACAUGCACCAUGGCAAAGGACAACGGAUACGAUCUCUAUGUUGGAGGCGAGUUCAUGCAGCUUGGCUCAUUGAAUGCAUCCAAUAUUGCCGUGAUUGAUCUCAGCACAGGAACGGUUUCAGCACUUGCCAAUGGCCUUGAUGGCGCUGUUUAUACUCUUUAUUGCGACAACAAAUCACGUACGGUGUAUGUUGGCGGUUCAUUUCUUGCACCGGUUGCUGAUGCACCUCAAUACGCUGAAUCGCUCGCUUAUUUCGGUGGUGGUACAGCUGCAUGGCUCAAUAACACUUGGCAUGGGUUGCCAUGGAAAGGUUUCAAUCGACCCGUUACAACAAUCACCAAACACGAGAAUACGGGGAUCGUCUAUUUUGGAGGCCAAUUUGAUACUUCAGCUGAUGGGCAAAUGUAUUAUGCUCCUGCAAGUCAACCAGUCAGCCUAGCAUCACCCGCUAAAAUCACGGCGACCAAUUCGGGCACUGAGAACAAUGAUCCCCAAAACGCCGUUUGCCCUGAAACCUUGGAUCAAACGCCCUGGCUUGUACUCGAUGACAUGAAAGGCACGUGGGAGGCCUCGUUUCCUUAUUCAGUUACUCCUUCUUUGAUUCGCUUGGGUAAUACGCAUCUUGAUGGCAGAGGCACAAAGAACUUUUCGGUUAUCUCUAUACCCAACAAUGUGCCCUUCAACUUGACAUACAUUGAUCCUGUGACAAAGAAACUUACCACGUGCUCGACCGAUUGUUCAUUAUCCGAUGACGUCUCCAUUGAGUAUCAAGAUUUCCAAGUGGGUGAUUCAACCUUAUCCUCGGGUAUUCGGAUUGAAAUUUCAUCGUGGUAUGGUCAAGGAGCUGGAUUAAGUGCUGUUGAAAUCUUCAUGUCAGAGAUUUUCGUUUACGCUGUCGAUUCAUUGAAUGGAAAAGCAUGUGUAUCCUCGAUGGAUUAUACUCAACGAUCCCAUGUGAAGACUACGGGUUCAUGGCGCUCAGGUCUUUUCGACAAUUCCUACGUCUACACGCUUGCCACCACCAUGUCCCAAUCACAAAUGGCUUCGUCCAAAGCAGCUGUCGACUUCAUCCCUUAUCUUCCCGAAGCGGGUACUUAUGAGGUGUAUCUUUAUGCACCAGCAUGUGGAAAUAGUUGCUCAGGACGUACGCAAGUGGAUGUCACGACGUAUGCUUUGGAAGGGGGUCCAUCAACAAUGAAAACGGUGGAUCUCAACAGCAAAAACGACAACACAUUCCUCGUCUACUCGGGAGAGAUUUCGGCUACCACGGUCGAUUUUCAACCCUAUGUCACUGUCAAAGUCGCACACAAUGCAACCGCCACCAGCAACAAUGUCACCAUUGAUCUUCAAGCUGUUCAAUUUAUUAAGCAAGCAUCCAAUACAACGUUGACCAGCAUGCUUGAAUUCACACCUGAUAAUGCUCAAAUUAAGACCAACGCCACAUUGUCAGGCUCCUAUGGCCCUCUUCAAGAUAAUAUUCCUUAUGGAUCAGAAGUCAAGGCACUUGAUGCAACAGAUGGCAAUGUUUAUAUCGGUGGAAAGUUCUCGUCUCCAGCAGGAUCCAAUGCGACCUAUCAAAACAUUGUGCGUUAUGACUUUGCCACCAAGAAACUGGUUGGUCUCAACAAUGCAGGUGUGAAUGGUCCUGUCAUGUCAUUUUUACGUGACGAUUCACAUCUUUACGUGGGUGGUUCCUUUUCUGGCCUUGCUAAUGGAAAGAGCGAUGGCAUGAACAACAUUGCUCGAUACUCUAUUGGACAAGAUACAUGGGAUGCUUUGAGUGGAGGUGUCAAUGGUCCUGUUGAAGCGAUGCAUUUUUCAGCGGAUUCCAAGUUCAUUAUUGCAUCUGGAAAUCAUACGGGCGCUUUCAAUGAUCCCAAAGUGACUACCACCUUCAACACAACAAGUGGCAAUGCAUGGUGGAGUGUUUCGAAUCAUACUUGGGUUCAUGACAAGGAGUACUUAUCGGGUGCUGUUUAUGGAGUAUUCCAUAUGGAUAAUAAUUCUCUCCCAUCCACCGUCUAUGCUGGAAACCUGAAAGCAGCUCAAACGUAUCAAUCACGUGGAUUCUCGUUUUUGGAUCAGCAUGAUGCAUUGUCGUCUUUACCCGUUUACCCCGAUGGCAGCAAGUUAUUGUCCAUCACUGCUGGUGCUUAUUGGAGCGACACAAAGCAUGGCAAUACGACAACCAUGAUACUUGGUGGCGAAUUCCAAUUGGAGGACAACAUUGAAAAUGUAGCUCUUUACGCCAACGACUCGUGGUCAGGCAUUGGCGCACAAUGGAACGGCCCUAUAUCCACUAUGGCUGUCAAUGGAGGUUAUUUGUACAUUGGAGGAUCUUUCAGCGCUACCAACACAAGCGGUAUUGCCAUCUAUGAUUUGGUCAACAAGACGUUUGUCCCCGUUCCUGAAUUACAUACCGCUGAUAAAUCUCCUGCCCAAGUGAAUGCGAUCCAUUACCACCCACAAGAGAAUGUAAUGCUUAUUGCAGGCAACUUUUCAACAGCCGGAUCACUCUCAUGUGCUGCUGUUUGUACGUUGAAUCCUACCAAUCAUCAAUGGAACAACCUUGGUGAUAAAGGUAUCUCAGGAGACGCAUUGGACUUUGCUUUGACAGAGACCAAGCUUCUUGUCGCUGGAAACCUGGAAUUAGAUGGCUCAACAAUCCCUUUGGCUCAAUACGACUAUGACACUAAGGGCUGGAGUCCUGUAACCACCGAUAUGACCGAUUCAGGCCUUCCUGGUAAUACGACAGCAGUAUCCUAUGAUAGUGGAACACAAAAGGCAUUCAUCAGUGGCCUGAAAGACAACAAUGCAUAUCUUCGAGUAUGGGAUGGCCAAGGCUUUGUUACUCCUGAUGAUGAACUUGGCUCUGGAAGUUUUAUUCGACAAGUCACUGUUUUGCCCUUGAAGGAAUCGGGUCAAUCAGAUUUAUUUGGAAAUGACAAGACCGUUUUGCUUGCAGCAGGCUUCCUCAACCUUGGUGGUUAUGGAAAUCUAAGCAGUGCAUUGUACAAUGGAUCGGCUUGGAUUCCCUAUCUUUCAGUAUCCUCGGAUAAUGGAGCUACCAAUACGUUAAGCAAUGUCUUUUUCAAGUCCUAUGAUGUGGAUCUUACUCGGCCUGAUUAUCUUCCUGCUCCUAUUGUUGUCCUGGUCUCAGUUGCGGGAGCAUUGGGAAUCGUCUUUUUGAUUGUGCUUUGUGGAUUAUGCAUUCUAUAUGCCAAACGAAGAAAGGAAGCCAAGGUCAAUCCCGCCGGCAAUCCCGCUUCUUAUUAUGGCAAACCUCCUCAACGUCCUGAAUCAGUCCUUGCAAUGAUUAACAAUGCUGGUGCAGCUGGUCUCAUGUACGAUCCCAAAAAAGGCAUUUCCGAUGAUACCACAAUUGCCGGUGGUGGCGAGAUGUACUCAAUUGGAAAGGAUAAGGUUCCUGAAAUGACGGAGACAAACAAUGGCCUUAAAGGUGGUACAGGUGCCAUGGGAGGCUUUACUACAGGCGUAGCAGCUGCUACAGCAGCAACAGCAACAGCAGCAGGAGCAGCAGCAGCAGCGGCUACCAGAGAUGAAAGACCACAUGAAACCCUUUCCAACUUGGGUGCGCAAUCAAGAUCAGCUGAUAACGUUACAAGAGACAUGUCCAAUAAUGCACCUUAUAUUGCUCCAUCAAGUGCUGGUGGUCUUGCUGGUGCUGCCGUUACUGCAAGUGCGCUUUCUGGUAAUCGACAAUCAUACAAUCCCUUCCGUGCUUCUGCUGUUGGAUUAGCUGUGAGCAACGAUUGGUCGGAUGCAGCAAAAGCCAACAACAGCAAUAGCAAUUAUGCUUCAAGAACGAUCACCAAUGGAGGUCAAGAUUCAAUGUAUCUUGGCAACUUGGCACCUGAACCUGUAGCAGCCUCUUCCAAUGUACGAUGGACAAAUGCACCUACAGCAGAAGCCACUUCAGCAACUAUUAUCCCUGAUCCCUUAUCAACAUUGGCACCAUCUCCUGUUCCUUCACAAGUACCAUCGGCAGCCCCAUCAUCUACAUUGACGGGCGAAGGUGCAGGUGCUGUACGAUGGACAAAUGUGCCAUCUGGUGGUGAUAACAUGGCAACGGCUACUGUGGGUCCUGUAUCCAUGAUGUCAACAUCUCCGGUUCCCUCAGCAACGACCCCUGAUGAGAGUAAUCCCGCUGCAGUGCGUUGGACCAAUGUUCCAGCAUUAGAUGGACCAACAACAGCAACUGUUGGACCUGUUUCAAUGUAUUCAACCUCUUCCAUGCUUGUCACCAAUGAUGGCCAACCUGCUUCUUCUUCCAAUGUACGAUGGACCAAUACCGAAGAUGCUAGUGGUGCUAUUGGUGCUGCUAUGGUGAUGGCCCCUGUGAUUGGACGUGAAAACAACAAUGAUCAUACACGAUCCAUUGCUGGUGAACAUGAAGCAUCCAAUGUUCGAUGGACCAAUUACACAACCCAUGAAGAUCAAGGCGUGGCAAUGCUUCGUCCUGUGACAGCCGUAUCCAUGUAUUCGGAUGCAUCAUUUGGACCUACACCUGAAUUUGGUGGUGUUAGCAACAACAACGAUCUCUUUGCUACUUCUUCAACGCGCCCUUCCAUGACUGAUUUCUCAUCUGAUCCCGAUAUUGUACGAUGGACUACAGCACCCAAUGUUGAUUCGGCAAAGGCAACGGCUAUUAUCACAAAGGAUAAUACAUCAUCCUCAUUAGCAAUGCCUGCAUCAGGAACCAUGGCAACAGGUGUAGCAGCAACAGCAGCAGCUGCAGCAGUGGCAACAACAACAACAUCAGCAUCGCAUCAAUCACGAGAUAUGCUACGACCCUCAAGUGAAUCAAGCAUGGAUCAUCCUCGCUCAAUACCUCGUCAAUACGAAUCGGGUCUUGAUCUUGCAUCAUUGACGGUAUCCGAUGUCUCUGAAAAUGAGUCCAAUGACAAAUACAGCGGCGUUGUUACAAAUGAGCGACCUUUAUCCCAUGUUGAAGCUAAUAACAGCAGCAAUGACCCACCAUACCCAAGCUACAACACCAAGGACAUGCUAUCAGAAACAGCUGCUCUUGCAUCUUCAUCCUCAGCAGCAGUAGCAGCAGCAUCAGCAUCAGCUAUGCACUCAUCACCAUCUCAACCACAAUCAACAGCUGCUGUUGCACAACACGCAUCAUCACAACCCUAUUCAGAAGCAAUGAUGCCAUCAACCACAUAUCAACCAGCAUUGACAGCUAUGCAACCAUCAUCAUCACAACAACCAGAGCCUGCAAAGAGUGUGACCACUGAUGAAGAAAAAGAGGAUGGUGGUAAACGUGACAUUGAGAGCAGCUUAUUCAAAACAAGUUCUUUCCGAUGGUCUGAAACGCCUUCUCUACCACCGAUUGAUACCAAUUUGGUCUUCAGUGCACCUAGCCAUCCAAUGUCAUCACCACUUGGUACACCUGAUGAUCCAUCCGUACGAUGGAAAGAGACACAUGCAGCAUCACCUAUUGAACGAGGACAUGCGCCACAAAUUAUUGGAGCAUCGGCUGCUACAGUGACUGUAACACAAGCACAUCGUCAAGUGAACGACGACGACGACGACGAUGAUGAUGAUACCGAAAACAGCAGCAAUGAUGGUGAUGGGCGUGAUGAUGACGAUAUGGCAAGUCAAGGAAGAAAGAAUUCUUUGGGUGCUGCAGCAGCAUUAGAUGGACGUGCUGCAUCCAAGCGAAUGGUACAAGAUUAUUUCUCAUCGCGUGAUCCUGCUUUGGCUGGCACCAAAGAGGCCCCCAAUGGUAAACAAUAUCACAAGGACUUUGUAGCAGCCAUGGAAGCUGCUGCUUUGAACAAUCGUGACGACCUGCCAUCUACUGAAGACCAUCCACAUCUUUACUAUGCAAAGUUUGAUUUUAAUGCACGUGAACAUGGUGAACUUGGAUUCGACAAGGGUGAUCCCAUUAUCGUGGUGGAUAGAAGCGAUGAUAUUUGGUGGAUGGGUUACAAGGAUAAUGGCGAGCAUGGUCCAAUGCAAGGUGUCUUCCCAAGUAACUAUGUCGAACGUGCAUCACCACCCUCAUAA